UUCUUCCAAAACAAGUUUGAUGUCUUUCUUUCGACGCUCUGUCAAUGAAAAGACAGAUGAUUCUGCAACUUCGUCAAGCAACGAUGUUUUCUCAUCGCACGAGAUAGUGUCAACCACAGGCGACCUCAAGUUUGUCGUCGAGCAGGGCGGCAACGGUUCACAACCAUCCUAUCAAGAAGUGUCUGGUGCGCCCGUCGAGGCCAAAUCUUCCCUUGGCUAUGCUGUCGGACCUGUAACUAUCGUCUUGAUCAACAUAAGCAAGAUGAUCGGGACUGGCGUCUACUCAACUCGAACCGGCUCUGUUGGCACCAGUCUGAUACUCUGGGCACUAGGGCUGCUUACAUCAGGUGCUUCGCUCGCAGUAUAUCUCGAAUAUGCUUCCUACUUUCCAAAUCGAUCGGGUUCAGAGGUCGUGUACCUGGAACAAGCCUUUCCUCGACCAAAAUACUUUNUUCCCAUCGCUUUCGCUGUCCAGACGGUGAUUUUGUCAUUCAGUAGUGGCAACGCCAUAGGAGACCACACACCUUCUGCCUGGGAACAAAAGGGUGUCGCCAUCGCUUGUUAUACCCUGGUCACGUUGUUAUUGAUCUUCCACACCAAGACCUCCUACCGUAUAUCUAAUACCAUUGGCAUUAUCAAGGUUCUAACAUUGAUAUUCAUUGGCAUCACCGGUUUGGUUGUCUUGGGUGGCCACACCAGAGUUCAAGAUCCACAUGCAAACUUCAAAAAUGCCUUCGAAGGCAAGACGACUGGGUACGGCUUGACAAACAGUUUGGUCAAGAUUAUCUUCUCGUAUGCCGGCUAUGAGAAUGCUUUUAACAUCGUCAAUGAAAUUCAAAACCCAGUAAAGACGAUUAAGAGGAAUGCAUCGUACUCGUUGGUCAUCGUGACAGUGCUUUAUAUACUUGCAAAUGUUGCUUACUUUGCGGCUGUACCGGUAAACGACAUCAAGAAGUCAGGCGUGACAGUCGCAAGUCUUUUCUUCACCAAUGUUUUUGGUCAUGCCAAAUGCGUCAAAGUCUUCAACCUGCUCAUAGCUCUGAGUGCAUUCGGCAACCUGAUUGCUGUACAGAUUGGACAGUCCCGUCUCAUCCGGGAAUGCGGAAGGCCUUUUGGCACACCGAUCGGACCGUAUCUGGUGAAAUGGGCUGUCACGAUCAUCAUGAUUCUUGCACCCCCAGCUGGCGAUGCCUUCAACUUCAUAACUGACUUACAGACCUAUCCCGCUGCAGCAUUCACAUUCACGAUGUCAGUGGGUCUGUACAUGGUGCGUUAUCGACGCAAGAAGCUGGGUGUGCCGAGAAGCGAAUUCCGUGCGUGGGAUGCUGCUGUGGUAUUCACAAUCCUCCAGAACUUGUACUUGCUCAUCAUGCCUUGGUACCCUCCAACAGNNGGAGGAGCGACAGGUGGAGACGUCAGUUUCUGGUAUGCGACUUACUGUGUCACAGGGAUUGGAAUUCUUUUGCUCUGUGGAGUGUAUUACUACUUGUGGUUGUAUGUACUUCCCAAAUGGGGCAAGUACCGCAUCAUGCAAGAAGUCAUAGUGCUCGAAGAUGGAUCAAGCACCAAUUCGCUGGUCAGGGUGGCAUUGAAGGACUUGUCGCAGUGGAGCCAAAGCCAUGAUGAGGCGGGUAGAGCAGUCGUGACGGGUGUUCGUGUCGAGGCGAAGAACGAACGCCGUCUUGAGCAAGUG